GAGUCUCACUCUGUCACCCAUGCUGGAGUGCAAUGGUGUUAUCUCGGCUCACUGCAACCUCCACCCACCGGGUUCAAAGGAUUCUCCUGCCUCAGCCUCCUGAGUAGCUGGGACCACAGGCGUGUGCCACCACACCCGGCUAAUUUUAGUACGUUUAGUAGAGAUGAGGUUUUACUAUGUUGGCCAGGUGGUCUCGAACUCCUGACCUCAAGUGAUCCACCUGCCUCAGCCUCCCAAAGUGCUGGGAUUAUAGGCGUGAGCCAUUGUGCCCGGCCUCUUUCCUUACUUUUCCAAAACACUUUAAGAAAUACCAUACUGGAGCAAAACAAUAAUGUUUACAGAAAACACAACUGCACAAACAUAGAUGCCUCUCAAAAUUAACCCUGUGAUGAGUGAUAGCGACACUCCGUAGGCUUCAGGUCAGUCCCUCUCCUUCUUAAUGUUCACCUCCCACCUGACUCCCAGCCUAUCCCUCAUAGCAGCCAAUAUUCUAUUAUUUCCCACCAUAACGUAAGAUGAAGCCAUACUUUCGACCAGUUUGUCCCCUUUCCAGCCAUGAGAGACCUAAGAUUUGAGCUUUUUUGUCUCUUUAGGUCUGAGGAUGUAUAGAGAUUACUCAGGUUCCACGGUGAGGAAUGUGCUGUUAUUGGCAUAGUAAAUGAGACUGCAUCACACUACAGGUGAAGCCCCUUCCCACCAUUAGCCCACACUAGAGCAAUUCUUUAAGCAUUCAAUAAUCAGAACCCACAUAGAAUGUUAAUUGCCUCACAUCUGGUAACCAGAGAGUUAUUCUGUCCUCUGGAUAGUGUACCCUAUGUUUUUAUUAGCUUUUAGUGCCCACGAUAUUUGCACUUAUUCUACUUACAGCAGCUACAACCCUAAGAUGUGAUUUUUCAUUCAUCCUGUUCCCCUGAAAUGAUUUUGGUUUGGCCACGAACAGAGGACUUCACCUAUAUCAUUUAUUUAUUUGUUUCAUGAAUACUUUUAAGAAUGUAGCCUGCAUAAUUGAAACAGUUCCUGCCUUUAAGAGACCUGGAAGUUAAUAAGAGGACUGACCAAGGUCACCAAGACGUCCAAUAUGAGGCAGUGGUGUGAGAUAGUUGGCACUCGAGGGCAGACUUGGUGCUUAUUUGAUUUUGGGGGACUGGGAACUUCUUCAUGAAGGAAAUAACUUUUGAGUUGAGCCAAACAGGAUGAAUAGGAUUUUCAGAAACAGGUGGGAGACAGGCCGGCACCAUCCUAGCCUGUUCAGGCUGCAAUAACAAUACCAUAAACUGUGAUAUGAUUUGGCUCUGUGUCUCCACCCAAGUCUCCUGUUGAACUGUGAUCCGAACGUUGGAGGUGGGGCCUGGUGGGAGAUGAUUGGAUCGAUGGUUUCUUAUGAUUUAGCACCAUCCCCCUAGUGCUAUCUUGUGACAGAGUUCUCACAAGAUCUGGUUAUUUAAAAGUGUGUAGCACUUCCCCCUUUACUCUUUCUCUCUCUCCUGCCACCACUUGAAAACACGCUUGCUUCUCUUUUGCCUUCUGCCAUGAUUGUAAGUUUCCUGAGGCCUCCCUAGUCAUGCCUCCUGUACAGCCUGGGGAACUGUGAGUCAAUUAAACCUUUCUUUCUUUAUAAAUUACCCAGUCUUAGGCAGUUCUUCAUAGCAGUGUAGGAAAGACUAAUACAAACUGGGUGGCUUAUAAAAAAUAAAAAAUUAUUUCUCAGAGUUCUGGAGGCUGGUAAGUCCAAGGUCAAGGAGCUGGCAGAUUUGGUGUCUGUUGAGAGCCUGCUUCCUGGUUCCUGUGUCCUCAGAAGGUGGAAGAGGCAAGGGAGCUCUCUGGGGUCUCCUGUAUAAAGGCACAAAUUCCAUACAUGAGGACUCCACCCUCAUGAACUAAUUAUCUCCCAAAGGCUUUACCUCCAAUCCAAAUGCCCUCACACUGGGGAUUAGAUUGGGCAUAUGAAUUUGGGGUUGGGGAACACAAACAUUCAGUCUAUAGCAAGAAGAAACAGGUAGUAUGGUAGGGGCAAGAUCUGGGAACAACAAGAAGCUCAGAUAAAGAGAUGGGCAUCUGUAGGGGAGUGGUGGGAGAUACCAAAAAAAUCCAGACAAGGUUCUAAUGUAGAGGGUAUUCAAUGCCAUGCUGAGACAUGAGGGCAUUCAGUGGUCAGCAACAGAAAGCCACUGAAAGUAAUUAAGCAGGAGAAUAACAUGCUUAAAUAUCUUGUUUAUUAUAGCCCAUCAUCUCGGUCUGAGCUCCUUUUGAUCUUGAGUCUGUCAUUCAAACUAUGGAAUUAUCUCUUCUAGCACUGCCAUCCCCUGCAGGUUUGAUAGACAUCUUCAACUAUGCUUUUCUAACUAGACUGUCAAAGCAUACAAAAUUCAUAGCCCUCAUCAUAUCCCUAACAGUGACUUCCCUCCAGGUUGGUGAUUAUUAAGAAUCUUUGGGCUAUGCUUAUCUAACCACAGAAUUCCCAUGUAUAAUGGCAUCCAGUCCAUAGUUCUCAAUGAUAGUAGCAGAUAUUAUUGAUUACUUACUAUGUAGUCAGUACACAUGAUUUACAUUCAUUAUCUUAUUUAAACCUUUCACCAAGCCUCAGGGAUGAGGCUCUUGACACUUACUGUGAGUUCCUUGAAAUUCCAGUGCCUUUCCUGUCCCAGACAUUUGAAUCAUCAUUCUAUGUUUUGAAGCUUGGUUGAAAACUAAAUACAUUAUGAAUUUUAUCAAAUAAAUCCUUCAUAAAACCUUCAGGUAUUUGUACCCCCUUUAAUAUCCAUUUGGUUAGUAGGAAGAGUUGUAGAAUUCACAAGAUCAAUUAGAGACUUCAUUUUUUGCUUGUGUUUUUUGAGGUUAUAUAAAACGUUUUAAAUGUGACAUGGGAGAAGAGUGAAAUAGAGUUUUAACUUAACCAGGAUGCAUGAUUUUAAAAAUCGAAGUAGACCUGAAUUUCCUGAAAAUUUUAAAAUAAUCUAGUAGUGCCAGCAUGAACCUUAGUCACUUAGGCAAUAGAGAAGGUUUUCAUGGAAAUCCAUUGGUCUGUUUUAAAUAAAUACCUUGAAUAUUAAUAGUAUAAAAGAGCAUUAUCUAAGUAAUACUGAAGCUUAUUAUCAGCUGAAACUUUCUUGAUCAUGAUGGUUAGCCAUUUACCCUCACGUCUGUUAAUAGUGGUGAUUGCUUUCAUCAGGAAAACAACCUUUAGAUAUGCAAAUAGCUUUUUCUGAGGAUCCGGCAAGAUGGCAGAAGUAGAGCAGAAGAAGAAGCGGACCUUCCGCAAGUUCACCUACCGCGGCGUGGACCUGGACCAGCUGCUGGACAUGUCCUACGAGCAGCUGAUGCAGCUGUACAGUGCGCGCCAGCGGCGGCGGCUGAAUCGGGACCUGCGGCGGAAGCAGCACUACCUGCUGAAGCGCCUGCGCAAGGCCAAGAAGGAGGCGCCGCCCAUGGAGAAGCCAGAAGUGGUGAAGACGCACCUGAGGGACAUGAUCAUCCUGCCCGAGAUGGUGGGCAGCAUGGUGGGCGUCUACAACGGCAAGACCUUCAACCAGGUGGAGGUCAAGCCCGAGAUGAUUGGCCACUACCUGGGCGAGUUCUCCAUCACCUACAAGCCCGUAAAGCAAUGCCGGUCCGGCAUCGGGGCCACCCACUCCUCCCGCUUCAUCCCUCUCGAGUAGUGGCUCAGCUAAUAAAGGCGCACAUGGUUCCAAAAAAAAAAAA